CGCGCGAGGAGGAGGGCUGGAAGCGCCCGGAGCCGCGCUGAACUCGCCGGGGACGUCGGGCGCCGACUCCCUGGCUCGCUCGCUCGGACGGGUUCCCUGCGCUCUUCCCGGGACUGCCUGGGGGACCCGGGCCCGGCUGGGCGCAGCGGCCAGCAGAGUCCCUGGGCAGGAGGCGCGCGCUCUGGGCAGCGCCGGGCCCUGGGCAUGGACAGAGGGAGCUGGGCGCGCAGGGGGCGCCGCGGGACCGGGCGGCCGGAGCGCUGAGCCAGACAAAGGCUCCGGAGUCGCGCUUGCUCCCGGGAGCCCGGCCCGGGCGGUGGGCGCCGAGGCUGCGGGACUCGGAGACAGGGAGCUCCGCCCGGCCCCUCUCCCGCCGGCUGGCUCGCGCACCCGGACCUGCCCUACUCGCUUCCCCCUCGGCCUUGGGAAAUUGCCGAGGGGACCUUAGCGGCUCUGGCGGGGACCCGGAGCCGAAGGUCCGCUGUGCGCCCGCCGGGCAGGGAGCCAGGGAGCAGCGCAAGUUUCCGAGCCGCGCUCGGGGCCCCGGCGCCCACGAGCGAGCGGGCUCAGUGUGCAGCGAUCCAGACGAGACUGGGAGGCGAAGGCAUGGGCAGUGACCGAAGCGCACCGGGACGGCCGGGCAGCCUCCUUGGCGGCCGGGAGGCGGCGGCGCGGCCCGGACUGCUGCUGCUACUGGUGCUUCUGGGCUACAUGGGCCGCGGCACAGCGGCGGAGGACGCGGAAGUCCAUGCAGAGAACUGGCUGCGGCUCUACGGCUACCUGCCGCAGCCCAAUCGCCACAUGUCGACCAUGCGCUCGGCCCAGAUCCUGGCCUCAGCCCUGGCAGAGAUGCAGCGCUUCUAUGGGAUCCCCGUCACAGGUGUACUCGAUGAAGAGACCAAGGCGUGGAUGAAACGGCCUCGCUGUGGGGUGCCAGACCAGUUUGGGGUGCGUGUGAAAGCGAAUCUGCGGCGACGGCGGAAACGUUACGCCCUAACUGGGAGGAAGUGGAAUAACCACCACCUGACCUUCAGCAUCCAGAACUACACAGAGAAGCUGGGCUGGUACCACUCCAUGGAGGCAGUGCGCAGGGCCUUCCGUGUGUGGGAGCAGGCCACGCCCCUGGUCUUCCAGGAGGUGCUUUACGAUGACAUCAGGCUACGGCGGCAGAAGGAGGCAGACAUCAUGGUGCUCUUUGCGUCCGGCUUCCAUGGCGACAGCUCACCAUUUGAUGGCACAGGUGGCUUCCUGGCCCACGCCUAUUUCCCUGGCCCUGGCCUGGGUGGGGACACCCACUUCGACGCAGAUGAGCCCUGGACCUUCUCCAGCACUGACCUUCAUGGGAACAGCCUUUUCCUGGUGGCUGUGCAUGAGCUGGGCCACGCUCUGGGGCUAGAGCACUCCAGCAACCCCAGCGCCAUCAUGGCACCAUUCUACCAGUGGAUGGACAUCGACAACUUCCAGCUGCCCGAGGAUGACCUGCGGGGCAUCCAGCAACUCUAUGGCACCCCAGAUGGUCAGCCACAGCCCACACGGCCUCUCCCCACCAUGACGCCCCGGCAGCCAGGCCGGCCAGACCACCGGCCCCCUCGGCCCCCUCGGCCCCCUCAGCCACCACCACCAGGCGGGAAGCCAGAGAGGCCCCCAAAACCAGGCCCUCCAGCCCAGCCCCGAACCACAGAGCGGCCUGACCAGUAUGGCCCCAACAUCUGUGACGGCAACUUCGACACAGUGGCAGUGCUUCGAGGAGAGAUGUUUGUGUUCAAGGGCCGCUGGUUCUGGCGAGUCCGGCACAACCGUGUCCUAGACAACUAUCCUAUGCCCAUCGGCCACUUCUGGCGUGGCCUGCCUGGUGACAUCAGUGCUGCCUAUGAGCGCCAGGAUGGUCGCUUUGUCUUUUUCAAAGGUGACCGCUACUGGCUCUUCCGAGAAGCAAAUCUGGAACCUGGCUAUCCACAGCCACUGACCAGCUAUGGCCUGGGCAUUCCCUACGACCGCAUUGAUACAGCCAUCUGGUGGGAGCCCACAGGGCACACCUUCUUCUUCCAGGAGGACAGGUACUGGCGCUUCAACGAGGAGACACAGCAUGGAGAUCCCGGCUACCCCAAGCCCAUCAGUGUCUGGCAGGGCAUCCCUACCUCUCCCAAAGGCGCCUUCCUGAGCAAUGACGCAGCCUAUACCUACUUCUACAAGGGCACCAAGUACUGGAAAUUUGACAAUGAACGCCUGCGGAUGGAGCCUGGCUACCCGAAGUCCAUCCUGCGGGACUUUAUGGGCUGCCAGGAGCAUGUGGAACCCGGACCACGAUGGCCCGAUGUGGCCCGUCCACCCUUCAACCCUGAUGGGGGUGCAGAGCCUGGGGUGGAUGGUGACAGCACGGAGGGCAAUGUGGAUGAUGGGACAGGGGAAGAUGGAGACAAGGACAGGGAUGAGGGCAGCCGCGUGGUGGUGCAGAUGGAGGAGGUGGCACGGACCGUGAACGUGGUGAUGGUGCUGGUGCCCCUGCUGCUGCUGCUCUGUGUCCUGGGCGUUGCCUAUGCUCUGGUGCAGAUGCAGCGCAAGGGCGCUCCCCGCAUGCUGCUCUACUGCAAGCGCUCCCUGCAGGAGUGGGUCUGACCCGUGCCUCCCGCUCCACUGCGCACUUGGUGCUCAAGGGCUGGGCAGCGCCUGUGGUUCCCUGUGGAGACCCUGGUCUGGUGGGGGCCCGCCCGGCCAGCAUACAUCCCUCAUGAAUCCUUUCUCGUUUACUUAAGCCCAGGUAUCUUUUUUCUUUUUGGCACCUUAGUUCAUUUCUGCUUUCCUGACUAGGGCAGGGUACUUAAAUUUUCUUUAUGCAGUUCUGCUCCAGACAGGAAGUCAGGCCCCCAUGCACCCGUAGCCCAGCCAUAGCCUGAAGAACAAGGGACAGACAGUCAGAGGCCCACCUCCAGAAGGUGACUCAAGGGCUGUGCGCUUCCGCCAGCCUUGGCCUGUCCUCAGUGUGAGCCCAGGGCCAUCAGCAGGGCGCUAUGUUUGCCCUGAAGGAAUCAGCUGGGUCUCCAACCUCCCGAGUCUCUGCCUUAGGAAGAGCUUGUUACCAGGGGUAACCCUGAGCUAGUGAGGUGUCCCACCUGGGAUCCUCAGGGGCUGGGGCUCAGUGAGACUUGGUUUCUUCCCAGCCCACCUCAGCAGCGGCCCUGCUCCCGGUGCCUGAGAACCCUACUCCAUCUGACCAGCGGGCAGCUCCCACCUACCGCUCAGCCCAUGCCUCAUUUCCUCUCUGGGGAGGGGCCUGGGCCUUCCUGACCAAGGACCAAAGGGAGCCUGCUAAUGCCCUCCCCAAACACUAGCACUGGCAUCAGCUCUGCCCAGACUCUGCUUCUCUCAGCUGUGACCCACCUGCUCCUUCCCUGGGCCCCUCCCCACUGUCCUCAGAGGUCUUGGAGCUCGCCCAGCCUCGGCUUCUGCUGUGACUGUCCUGACCUUUGGGGAGGAAGGGGGCUGCUCGGUGCCUAGACUGGUUUCCACUGAUGUGCCAUGCACACCAGGCUUGGGGUUACCUCCUCUCCAGUUCCCUGUUCCCCCAGGAGACUGGUGGGAGCAGGCCAGCAGUUUGUCCCCCAAUGCAGACUGGAAGCCCUAAAGGAGCCCACCGUGAACUGGGAGACCCCUCUUCCUGGGCUCUGCUUGAGGGCAGGCAGGGAUGCUCCUUUCUCUUUUCCUUCCCGAAGUCAGCAGGAGGCUGAGGCUGCUGUGGGAAAUGGUACUGUACAGCCGGCUCCAUCCCCUCUGCUUCCCUGCAACCCUGAGCUAGUGGGCUGUGCCACCUGGGAUCCCCAAGCCCACUGGGGUAGAAGGUUCUCCCUGCUUCUCAUUACUCGGCACUGAGUGUGGGUCCAGUGGCUCCCCCCCUCCCCAUCACCACUUCUGCAGAACUGGAGAGCCAGCAAGGGGCGGGGAUGGGGCCUGAUGUCCAGCCCCAUCUGUUUAUUUCUGUAAAUAAUCUGCACUGAUUAAAUGUACAGCCGGCAAGUGUGGCCUUGUUUGUAAGAGGCCCUGGGCUGCAGCUUGCAGUCAGUGGCAGAGGUUCAAGUCCAAGCUAGGAUGGGACCCCCACAAAGUGAAGGAUGCACUCCAUUGUCAGUUCAGAGGGCUGCUUCACAAUGGCUAGAGCUGAGGGUUUGGGGAGACGGCCACCCUCAGCAGACCACAGGAGGCAGCGCAGGUCAGCCUGCUAGGUGCGGUAGGGAAGAGGACAGAACCUGCUUGCCAUUUGUCAGUAACAAGAAAGGGCAAUGCGGCUUCCCACGUGCCUUCCAGGUCUGAGAGGGUGGGAAGAGCCAAGCCAGUCCAGUGACCCAGACUGGGUUCUGGGCAACCUGGGAGCCGUCUUGGACAAGAGCCCGCAGCUGGGCACAAAGAGAGUUAGGAAAGGAGGCCACCAUGGUUCCAAGAGUUCCCCUGGCCACACUGUUCAGAGGAUGAGGGGACACCAAGGCCUAUAUUUCAUCUUGGAAGCAGCAGAAAAUCCCACCCUAGGCCUCUCAGGCUGCAUGUGGUGCAACCUCAGAAGCACAGAGAGCGAAGGGGUGGUACCCCUGGGCACGUGUGGCUGUAACUGGUAGCUGGGAGGACGGCCUUAGACCCACACCCAUGUUCUCAGCCACACCUAUGCGCUACUAGGCUGGGCCCCCGGAAUGCAAAGGGCAGCCUGAGGAGGGGCCCGGCUCCAAUCCCAGACCGGGCUAGGCCCCCACAAGUCCUCCACAGAGUCCUGCAGCCUGUUCUGGGCCCCAGCCCCCUUGAUCCCACCCCUUCCUCUCUUUGUGUGGAAAUUGGCUAAGGAGAGUAGGAAGCCCAAAGCCUCAGCUCAUCUAGGAAGUGGCCUGUGAGCUCCCUCACCACAGAGGCCUUGGCAUCCACAGCAGGUCCAGGGCCAACACCAUCAUCCCAGAUUUCCUGCUGUAGACGUCCAGAGUCCCACCCAGGGCUGCCCUCUGCCUGUACCAUUGCCCAGAAGUUGAAGGGUCCCCAGGCAGGUGGGCAGCAGUGUGAGAGGGAUGAGAAAGGAGAGGGCGAGAGGCCUCCCUCGCUGUACUCUUCCUCAGAGCCAAGGCCAGGGGAGAGACUUGGCAGAAGCCUCCGCUCCUCAGGAAGCCGCCUGAGCCUUCCACCCCCAGCCUCCAGCUACAGCCUUGGAGAAAGCCAGUGUCCAAAGGGACAGGCUGUGGGAAGAGUACUGUUUAUCCUCUUGGGGGACAGGGAGAGGGGUGUAACAGCUGGGCCACAGCCUAUACCAGUGGGACCUUACCCCACCUCCUCCCCAGGAUUAACAGCAGCCUGCAUCUUUAGACUCCUUCCAUUGUGAGCACACUAGCUCAGCUUGGGCCCCUCAGGACCCCAUUUCCCCAAUGCCUUUUUUCUUUUAUAUUUUGCUAAUUCCCAAGAAAGAAAAUUGAGACA